AAUGAUUUCUCAGCUACCUUCAUUGAUGACUCUACUGGUCAUUUCUUUCAUGUGCCUUUGGCUGGGAUCAAAUGUCUCAGCAUCGCCCAUCUUGUUAUUGGCCCAUGAAGAAGAUGACCAUUCUGUUGUCCCAGUCGAUGCCGUCAAUCAAAAUGUUACGAUCGAAGAUUUCGAGCUAGGAGAGCCAUUCAGUGACGAAGAAUUGAGUGGCAACAUUUCCAGCAAAGUUCCUUCUGGAUCAUUAUCUGCAAAGUGGAGCAAUCAAAUCCGCGACGAGCUGUUGAAGAAACUGGCCGGUGGAGACAUUAUGACCCUCGAAGAUAAUAAAAAUGCUGUCGUCGAUCGCAACAGUCUUUGGCCUAGUGCCCAAGUUCCUUACGUCAUCUCCGCAAGUUACACUCCCGAACAGCGACGAGUUCUUGGCUACGCAAUCAGUGAAUUUCAUUCGAAAACUUGCAUUCGUUUCGUUCCACGGACUACUCAAGCUAAUUACAUCUACAUCCGGCGAGAUCUCAAUGUCGGGUGCUGGAGCUACGUGGGUAUGAACGGCAAUGGUCCACAAGAUGUUAGUCUACCUGAUUAUUGCGUCAGUUAUAAUUAUCCUGGAUCUGUCAUGCACGAAUUGAUGCACGCCAUUGGUUUCCAACACGAACACCAACGUCCUGAUCAGCAAUACUACAUCACCAUUAACUAUCCCAAUAUUCGUCCAGACAAUCGCCAAUUCUUCAACGCGAUGAAAACGACCGAGGUCAACACUUUGGGCCUGCCGUACGAUAUUAAAUCUGUCAUGCAUUACCCGAGUUCGUUCAUGGCCAAUAAUCCAUCCAUUCCAACUAUGAUGGCCAGAAACGGCGAAUUGAAUUUGGGAAAUUUGAAGGGAUUCACUCAGUUGGACGUCCAGAAAAUUAACAAGCUGUACAGUUGCUAUUCCGGCUAAAAGGGCGACGCUUCGGCUGGUGGACAAUGACGUUGCAACUUAAAUCAUUGUAGACAAGUCUGUGACUGGAAU